GGAGGUGACAGGGGCGCGUCCUUGUCCCCAAGGUCGGGUACAGCAUCCGCUUCGAGGACUGCACGUCGGAGCGCACGGUGCUCAAGUACAUGACGGACGGGAUGCUGCUGAGAGAGUUCCUGACAGAGCCGGACCUGGCCUCCUACAGUGUGAUCAUGGUGGACGAGGCCCACGAGCGCACCCUGCACACGGACGUGCUCUUCGGCCUCAUCAAGGACAUCGCGCGCUUCCGGCCGCAGCUGAAGGUGCUGGUGGCCUCGGCCACGCUGGACACCGAGCGCUUCUCGGCCUUCUUCGACCACGCGCCCGUCUUCCGCAUCCCGGGGCGGCGCUUCCCCGUGGACAUCUACUACACCAAGGCUCCCGAGGCCGAUUACCUGGAGGCCUGUGUGGUGUCAGUGCUGCAGAUCCACGUCACCCAACCCCCCGGGGACAUCCUGGUGUUCCUCACCGGGCAGGUCAGUGUCACCUCAGUGUCACCUCGGUGUCCCCCUGCCACCUCCCGGUGUCCCCAUCCCCACAGAUGUCCCUGUUCCCCUGAGAGUUCACCAGUGGUGGUGGCCACCAACAUCGCCGAGACGUCGGUGACCAUCGACGGCAUCGUGUACGUGCUGGACCCGGGGUUCUGCAAGCAGAAGAGCUACAGCGCCCGCACCGGCAUGGAGUCGCUGGUGGUGACACCGUGUUCACGGCGCCCGCACCGGCAUGGAGUCGCUGGUGGUGACACCGUGUUCACGG